CUCAAUCUAGUUCAUACCUUACAAAGUUAAUGCAAGUCAUGUCGACUUUGUAAACAAUAAUAUAAAAUCAAUAUGUUCGUCCCGGCAGAAAAAAGUAAACUGAACUUCAAAGGGUAUACAUUGAUAUAUCCUGCAGUGUCAGUGGGAAAUGUUGCCCAGUUGAUGGCCGAUCUUCUCAUCUCCACCCUCACAUUGCACCGGGCUGGAUACAUUCAGCACCCAAGUAUUGUGCCUAUGGUGGGAAACGAUCCGUUCGCAUAUAAGGAUUCGAGUAGCUGUAAAAUUGUCACAUGCUGUGAAGUGUACGAGAGCGUUGAACACAAUUUCGUUAUUGUACAACAGAGAGCGCCAUUUGUCAGGGGAAAACAAGGGUUGUACCGAAAAUGGUUGGUGGAGUGGAUUAAGGAAUGCCAGUUCAAGAAGGUUGUCAUAGCAACCAGUAGCAGUUCUGAAGAAAGAUUAGACAUCCAAAUCUCAGGACCCCAGUUCAGGUUUGUACUGUCUCCAACCCUGGAUGAAGACUUUGGUGACAUGUUCCGCAACUUCUAUGGGUGGGAGGAUCUAGAACGCAGACAGAGCUUCCCAGCGCCCCCGGUAACGGACAGUGGAGACAAAGAGGAGGGACAACUCUACAUUCCCGGGGGAGGAAUCGCAAAGAGACUGUUUGAAGACUUGUCACCAACUUGUCCAGUGGCAGUGCUGCUGAUGUUUUGUUCAGAAGGUGACAAUGUGGCUGAAGCAAUUGAUCUUACGAACAGAAUCAACAGGUGGCUCGGACUGGUACUCUUCCAUUCACGGUCCAUUGGCAAUGCCUUUGAAGAAGCUGUGGUGAAAUACACUCAGUGGAAAAUCCCCUCUUCUUGGAAACUGUUUUUCGGAAGUCGUGUAGAUCAGUCUCUUUUCCACUGAAAACAUUCAUUAAACAGAUCCUGAUGGUAUAUUUUUUUAUUUUAAUGAGUACCAAUCAUAACCUCCUCUGUGGCUUGGAACACUAUCAUCUUUAUCCAUGAUGAUUACUCACUGAUCUAAGGCCAUUUAGCAGUUAUUUUUUUAAACUCUGUUCCUGUGCUUACCGUGUUCCACAGCCUCUUUAGUAUAUGGGAUGAUAGCACUGUCUUAUAUGGCAGCUCACUGUAUGAUGUGUGUGUUCACUAAGUGCUGUGAGUAUCUCAUGGUAGACUGGAUGCUGUUGAUAUUUUGUGGAGGACAGUUCACUUAGUGCUGUGAACUUUUCACCAAAAGCCAUACCGUACAUGUAUGCUAACUGAUGACUGGCUAUUUUAAAGAUUGUCAAAGGGAAGUUCUCUGAGUUGUUUCAGUAUUAUACUGGAACCUGUGUUUGCAUGUAAAUUCUUCUCUGUGGAUAUUUUCAAAAGACAUACCCCUGGAUAAUGUGUGCUUAACAAAUAAUUCAAAGAAGAUACCACUGAAAGCUCUGUAUUGGAUACUGUGAAUAAUUCCGAAGACGAUUGAAGUUAACAAGAAGUACUGUAGUUGAAAUUUGCACACACAGUUCACGAUAUGUUGUGAACAUUAACACAGGAAAUUUUACAGAUUGAAGGGGGGGGGGAUGAUUUUCAAAUGGAACCAGAUAUUUCUUUUAUAAAAUGCUGUAAUUGUUUGUUUUCAUGUGUAUUUAAGAAACAAAUAGUUACUAUGAUUUCAAGCAAUUAAAAAACUUGCUUGUUCUUUCAUUCCUUCUUAUUGUAUUUGUAUUGAUAUGGUGAGGAUACUAUUGAAGAAUAAAUAUUUUAAUGAAAUGUA